UCUGCCUCUGCCUCUGCCUCUGCCCCUGCUAACCCUCCAAAUACGUACAUAGGCUACAUGCCAACAACGCCCGGCUCCGUACGUGCAUGCGUGUACGCGUUCUGACAUGCAGCAGUCUACCUAUAUCUUGCCUCCGUCUGCAACUGUCUGGGUCAUUUGUCUUUUUCAGCUGCCGCGGUGCGCCCUUCUCGUUGCCUUCGCCUAUAAAUUCAGGCACCUAAUAUAGCCCGCCUCCUGGUCUGCCGCCAGGUUGUACCGCCAGACCCUGCUGGGAAAGUUCAAACCUCGAUAGGCGCGCCUCCGACUCCGACUUAUUUCGCCAUCCUCUUGGACGAUCCGCCCUCCUUACCUCUUUACCUCUUUUUUCUCCUUCUUUUUUUCUUUCUUUGGCCACUUUCGCUCGCGCCCCAAUUCAUCCUCCUCUUUCUAACCCCCAUCGUCUGGGUGGCUUACCUGGUUGCCGGGGAGCUUACCUCCUAACCGAAGCAACCACUAAGGCUUUGGGGAAUAAUACUGUACAAAGCCACUCCUGGGCACGUGCAGAGCGCGUACGACACACCCUGCCUUUUCCCUCUGCGUCGUUGCCAGUCCUCCUGCCACGCCUACCCAACCCGGCCAGGUUAUAUAGGAGGGGCCGCGGCCUAUUUACGCUCGUUUUUGCUGCCAACUGCUACUUUUCCGUAACCCAUUCUUGACUAUCCCUCGCACUCGCGCGCCUCCGACCUAACGCUAUGGCGCCUACUACGCGUCGUGCGAAGCGUGCGCAAGGGAGUCUCCUGGGUGCCGGCGCCGAUACCCCUGUUUCGGUUGAGCCUCGGGCGGCACCUGUCCCGAAGGGCCGUUCACUCAUCAAGCUUACUACGGAAUCUCACGUCGCCGCUUCUACCGAUAGCGUCUCGACCACAUCGGCACCCACCCCAGCUUCGACCGGCUCGGACGGCGAAUAUUCCACUCCGGCAACUAGUAAUACGGUGACGCCGUCGCCUUUUAAUAUCGCCGAGUCCGCUGAGCGUGCCGCGCCGACGGGCGGGCGUCGGUCCAAUCUAGUCAUCGAGGUGCCCGCAAUCCCGCAGAGCUGGGACACGACUGGCAAGAAACCCAAGGCAUUCACUGCUAGGAACACCCGCCGUAGGCCUGGACCCGUCUCUUACCAGCCGGACUCGGAAGAUGAAGACGAUGACGAAGUUGCUGAUGCGUCCACGCGUCGCAGCUUAGCUCUGAUUCGCCGGCUGCAAACCGAAGGGGGAGAGAGGGCCGCCGCUGCGCAUUCGGCCUCUCUGUCAUCCAAGCAGCGGGAUGCGAAGCCUUCUCGUGGAACCGGCCAAGAUCUCACGUUGAGUGUCGAGGACAUGCCCGCUGCGCGUAAAAAGAGAGUGAUGCCAUUGGUCAAGCAUGAGGAUGACAGCGACGACUCAGAGCCGAUUGCCGCUCGCAAGAGACAGAAGACGGCAGAUGAUAUCACGGAUCCUGGCAAUAUGAGCGAGCUCGCUUUCGUCAAGCCUGGCAAUGUUAGUGAUGAGGUGGGAUGGGAUAGCGACUUGAGUGCGGUUCUGAUGGCUAUCGAUAACAAGGACGAGAACGAGGAGGAUGAGGAUGAGGAUGAGGAUGAGGAUGAGGACGAGGACGAGGACGAGGACGGACCGUUUCACUUACGCCCUACGUCACGCUUCCGUUCCCGUCAGGGCUCGAGGACCUCGCGUUUCUAUGGAGGGGGUAAUUCUCGAAGAACCCAGGCGCGAGAAAGGCUUGAGAAGCAUCAUCCGGAGAUCAACACGAUGUGGACCGAACUCGAGAACAUGCCCAUCCUCAAAGCUGGCAAGGCCGAACAGCCGAAAACUAUCUCGCGUCAGUUGAAGCCGUUCCAGCUGGAGGGACUAGCUUGGAUGCAGGCUAUGGAAAAGACGAAGUGGAAGGGUGGCCUCCUCGGAGACGAGAUGGGCCUCGGCAAGACGAUCCAGGCUGUCUCUCUCCUCAUGUCUGACUACCCGGCCAAGGCACCGUCGCUGGUGCUCGUCCCUCCCGUCGCGUUAAUGCAGUGGACAUCCGAGAUCGAAUCGUACACGGAUGGCCGACUGAAGACGCUUGUCCUCCACGGCAGCAACUCCAAGGCAAAGAAUAUGACCGUUGCCGAGCUCAAGAAAAUCGAUGUCCUUCUGAUGUCAUACAACACGCUAGAGUCUAUGUAUCGUAGACAAGAGAAGGGGUUCAAGAAGUCGAACGGCAAGGGCGGCAAGGUGGCAACGCGCAAAGAGAAGAGCGCGGUGCAUCAGAUCAAAUUCCACCGCGUCAUCCUCGACGAAGCCCACAGCAUCAAGUCCAAAACCACCAUGACCGCCAAGGCUUGUUUCGCCCUCGAGGGCACGUACCGCUGGUGCUUGACCGGUACCCCGCUGCAGAACCGAAUCGGCGAGCUCUUUUCCUUGGUUCGAUUUCUCAAGAUAACCCCGUUCGCCUCCUAUUUCUGUAGGCAGUGCUCCUGUGCCACCGUGGACUGGGCAGUAGACGAUCAAGGCCAGUGCCUACAUUGCCCCCAUCAUAUAUUGUCGCACAUAUCGGUCUUCAAUCAGGAGCUCCUGGUGCCCAUCCAGAGAUAUGCCCACCAACACCAGGGGAGGGAGGCGUUCAGAAAACUACGACUCCUCACGGACCGGUUCAUGCUGCGCCGUCUGAAGAAGGAUCACACGAAUGCGAUGGAGCUCCCCGUCAAGGAGAUCUACGUGGACCGCCAAUUCUUCGGAGAGGAGGAGACGGAUCUCGCCAACAGCAUCAUGACGAACAAUGAGCGCCAGUUCAAUACCUACGUCGCCCAGGGCGUAAUGCUUAACAACUACGCCAACAUCUUUGGCCUCAUCAUGCAGAUGCGACAGGUGGCCGACCAUCCCGACCUGAUCCUGAAGAAGAACGCCGAGGGCGGGCAGAACGUGUUGGUCUGCUGCGUCUGCGACGAACCGGCCGAGGAAGCGAUCCGGUCCCGGUGCAAGCACGAUUUCUGCCGCUCCUGCGCAACCAGUUAUAUCAAUUCUCAGGAGGCGCCCGACUGUCCCCGCUGCCACAUCUCGCUAUCGAUAGAUCUCGAGCAGCCGGAGAUCGAACAAGACGAGGCGCUCGUCAAGAAAUCCUCCAUCAUCAACCGCAUCAAGAUGGAGAAUUGGACGUCGUCAUCCAAGAUCGAGCUCCUCGUCCACGAGCUGCACCGGCUGCGGUCGGACAACGCGUCGCACAAGUCGAUCAUAUUUUCGCAGUUCACGACGAUGCUCCAGCUGAUCGAGUGGCGCCUCCGGCGAGCGGGCAUCACUACGGUGAUGCUCGACGGCAGCAUGUCGCCGGCUCAGCGCCAGGCAUCGAUCGAACACUUCAUGAACAACGUGGACGUGGAGUGUUUCCUCGUCUCUCUCAAGGCGGGCGGCGUGGCGUUGAAUCUCACGGAGGCCUCGCGCGUCUUCAUUGUCGAUCCGUGGUGGAACCCGGCAGCGGAAUGGCAAUCGGCAGACCGGUGCCACCGUAUCGGCCAGACACGACCAUGCGUCAUCACGCGCCUCUGCAUCGAGGAUUCGGUCGAGAGCCGCAUUGUGCUGUUGCAGGAGAAGAAGACGCAGAUGAUCCAUUCGACGGUCAACGCGGACGGCACAUCGGGGCUCGAGAGUCUCUCGCAGCGUGACCUCGAGUUCCUAUUCAGAGGUAACUAACCCCCCCCCCUCCUCUUCUUUUAUACCAUUCUCUUUUUCGUCCGAUGGCGGAGGAGGGAGAGGACGGGGUGCACUAGCUGUAGGCAUUUGCUAGGAUGACGAUAUACCUUAAAGUGCGCGCUGCAGCUUCAGGCGAAGGGGAUAACGUGAUAGGGACGAUGGUUAUUAGGGGCGCCGAGGGACUCGGUCUAGACUUUGUGUGGACACGGGACGGUAGCAGGAAGCCGGAAGUUGUAAAUAGCUGUGGCUGGCUCUCGACGGCUGGAGCAGAGUACGGCUUUUCCGCCGGCCUGCCGUCGGCAUGAUGCGAACGACACGAGCUUCCACUAUGUACCUAGGUACUUAUGUAUUUAUGUAGGUACAUAGGUACCUCCUGGGCGAACGUGCCCGAUGACGUAAUACAUAAUAUGAGGUACCUCCUUA